GGAAAAGGAGGAGGCAGGCGCAGUAGAACCUUGGCUGUGGCUAUGGAGGGACCUGGUUACAGGGUGGUGUUUGAAAAGGGAGGCGUGUACCUGCACACCAGCGCCAAGAAACACCAGGAUCCAGACUCGCUCAUUGCCGGCGUCAUCCGUGUCGUGGAGAAGGACAAUGACGUUCUGCUGCACUGGGCUCCGGUAGAGGAGGCUGGAGAUUCUACCCAAAUCCUCUUUUCCAAGAAGGACUCCAGUGGGGGCGACUCCUGCCUGUCUGAAGAAGAACCCACCUUUGACCCUGGCUAUGAACCUGACUGGGCUGUCAUCAGCACCGUGCGGCCACAACCCCGCCACUCAGAGCCCACAAGAGGUGCAGAGCCCAGCUCCUCCCAGGGCUCCUGGGCCUUCUCCGUGAGUCUGAGGGAGCUCAAAUCCAUCCGCCGCUCCAAGCCGAGCCUGAACUGGGCCUACCUGGUCCUGGUGACCCAGGCCGGAGGCUCCCUGCCCGCCCUGCACUUCCACUGUGGGGGCACCCGCGCCCUGCUCCGCGUCCUCAGCCGCUACUUGCUGUUGGCCAGCUCGCCACAGGAUUCUCGCCUCUACCUUGUCUUCCCCCACGACUCUUCAGCUCUUUCCAAUUCCUUCUAUCAUCUCCAGCUCUUCGACCAGGACAGUUCUAACGUAGUGUCUCGCUUUCUCCAGGACCCCUACUCCACCACCUUCAGCAGUUUUUCCCGUGUGACCAACUUCUUCCGGGGAGCCCUGCAGCCACAUCUGGAGGGGUCCUCCUCCGACCUGCUUCCCCUACCAGAAGAUGAGCCAGAGCCUGGGUUCGAGGUCAUUUCCUGUGUGGAGCUGGGGCCAAGGCCAGCUGUGGAGCGGGGUGCCCCGGUCACAGAGGAGGAGUGGGCCCACCAUGUGGGCCCCGAGGGCCGCUUGCAGCAGGUCCCCGAGCUGAAGGCGCGGAUCUUCUCAGGGGGUCUGAGCCCCAGCCUAAGGCGUGAGGCCUGGAAGUUCCUCCUGGGGUACCUCAGCUGGGAGGGCUCGGCCGAGGAGCACAAGGCCCACGUGCGCAAGAAAACGGAUGAGUAUUUCCGCAUGAAGCUGCAGUGGAAGUCCGUGAGCCCCGAGCAGGAACAGAGGAACUCACUGCUGCGCGGCUACCGCAGCCUCAUCGAGCGAGACGUGAGCCGCACAGACAGGAACAACAGAUUCUACGAGGGUCCCGAGAACCCCGGGCUGGGCCUGCUGAACGACAUCCUCCUCACCUACUGCAUGUACCACUUUGACCUCGGCUACGUCCAGGGCAUGAGUGACCUCCUCUCCCCGAUCCUCUACGUCAUUCAGAACGAGGUGGACGCCUUCUGGUGUUUCUGCGGCUUCAUGGAGCUUGUGCAUGGGAACUUUGAGGAGAGCCAGGAGACCAUGAAGCGGCAGCUUGGGCAACUGCUGCUGCUCCUGAGGGUGCUGGACCCGCCCCUGUGCGACUUCCUGGACGCCCAGGACUCGGGCUCGCUCUGCUUCUGCUUCCGGUGGCUGCUCAUCUGGUUCAAGAGGGAGUUCCCCUUCCCAGACGUCCUGCGGCUGUGGGAGGUGCUGUGGACCGGGCUCCCUGGGCCCAACCUGCACCUGCUGGUGGCCUGCGCCAUCCUGGACAGUGAGCGGGACACACUCAUGCUCUCGGGGUUCGGCUCCAAUGAGAUCCUCAAGCACAUCAACGAGCUGACCAUGAAGCUGAGCGUGGAGAGUGUGCUGACGCGGGCCGAGGCCCUCUACCGGCAGCUGACCUCCUGCCCGGAGCUGCCCCACAAUGUGCAGGAGGUCCUGGGCCUGGCGUCGCCUGCAGAGCCACACAGCCCCUCGCCCCCGGCGUCCCCGCUGCCCCUGUCGCCCACCCGUUCCCCAACGGCCGUGCCAGACCCCGCAGACCCGGCCCCGCAGGCCGACAGCAGCCUGGAGAUCCUGCCCGAGGACGAGUCUGGCGCCGACACCUAGCCGGGCUCAGGGGGCGCCCGCCCAGCACAGGCCCU